AUGGUCCAUGAGUCACUGUGGUUUGUAUUCGGCGGAGGGACCCACCUCACUGUCAUAGGUCAGCCCAAGGCUUCCCCCACAGUCACUCUGUUCCAACCUUCCACUGAGGAGCUGACAACAAACAAGGCCACACUGGUGUGUAUGGUCAAUGGCUUCUAUCCCAGUGACAUUUCCAUAUCCUGGAAUAGAGAUGGCAACUCCAUCACUCAGGGCGUACAGACCAGCAAGCCCUUCAAACAGAGCGACAACAAGUAUGGGGCCAGCAGCUACCUGAGCAUGACUGCUAGUGAUUGGCGUCAUCACAACCUAUUCACCUGCCGGGUUGUACAUGAGGGGAUUACCGUGGAGAAGACCGUGUCCUCGACAUCAAGUUCUUAGGACCCUGCCCCCACAACACCCACAGUGCCUUGAGCAUAUGACCACAAGGAAGUGGUCCCCACUCUAAUCCUUAGUGGUUCUAGCCCUUCUCCCUCAAUCUAUAAACUUUCAAUAAAUAUUCUCAUUGCCAGUUUCAAA